AUGGAGAAAUCCAAGGCAGGACGCAAAGUUGCGUGCGAGUACCGACAGUUCGACGCAAUUGCCAACCAAACAACUGGCGAUGAAGUCCGGGAAAAGGCAAUGCACUAUGCGUCUGUAGUGGGUGAUGUUGAGGACGUGAUCCAAGCCACCGAUCUUCAAGCUUCUUGCGUCGCGUUUUCUACUUACAAGGAAGAACGCCGUGGAAUCAACUGGCUACUUUGCGAUUUUGUAUUGCCCCUUGACGAAAGGGUCAUCCACCGGAUAUGCGAGUGCUUGACGACGAGACAUGCUACGCUGCGGACGUUUUUCAUGGCACACCGACGAGCUUUGUAUCAAGUUGUAUCGAAAUCCUUCCAGCCUCAGAGCAGAACCCACCUAAACCUCAAAGACAUUCACGAGACCACAGAAUGCCUUAUGGAAGACGACCUGCAGAGCAGAGAGGUCGACAUGACUCAGCCCCAGACGACGUUCGAGCUGCUGUCCUGCAGCGACGCCACUCGUAUCGAGCGACUCAUCAUUCGCAUAUCUGCAGCCCAAUACGACGGUCACUCAGUCGCCAUCCUAGGCCGUGAGAUGAAUUUCCUUAUCAACAAUAUCGAAUAUGGCCACGUUCAAUUGCGUGAGCUCAAUGGUAGCUACCCAGCGUACCUCCACUAUGCCCGAGCCAUGGAAAUCGAACAGGGAAUCGAAUACUGGCGCUCCCUUCUUGCAGGCGCCGAUAUGACAGAGAUAACAAAACGCAAUUCCCCUUCCGGCGACAAUCCCUCCAACUUGAACUUCGUUGACGGUGUGCUCGUCAGCACGUUCGAGACUCGGCUCUUGGAGUUAGCCACGAUAAACAGCAACACGGCCACGAACAAAUUGGCAGCCCGCAGCACCAGAGCCACCAUUGCCAAGACAGCGUGGGCUCUCACUCUAGCUGAGCUAACAGGCAGAGACGAUGUCGUCUUCGCGUCGACUGGCUGGGGACGCAACAACCCCGUGGAGUUUGCCCAAGACGUGAUGGGCUCCUGCACUUCCCACAUACCCACACGUGCGCAGCUCAAACCCUACACUGGCGACCACAGCCCACAGUCGACGUAUGGCGAGCUGGUCGAACAACUGCAGGCCCAACACAUUGCGUCCAUGCGGUUCGAGAAUGUUGGGGCCACUACCAUUGUGGAGAAAUGCACGCCGUGGAGACGGUGGACGCGCUUUUCGUCACUGCUCAUCUUCCAGGGGUUGGAUAUUGAGACGUCGCAACAAGCUAGCCACGGCAAUAAUGAACCAGAGGACGCUGCUGCCGUGGUCAAGCUUACGGAGAUCAUGGACCCUGGCGAUCGCGCGGAUAUCAUCGUACACGUAGAGCCGUUUGGCAAGCAAACGCGGGUGAUGGUGGCGUUUGCAAAGAAAAGUGUGCCCGAGGACGUGGCCGGCAUAAUGUUGCGGAAGUUUAAGCAAUAUUUGGAGUUGACUACGCAGCGCACAAAUCAACCCAUUGACCUGGGGGAUCGCAACUCAUGUCCAGUACUUCCAAUCAUCUGCAAGAUCGCGGACGCAAAGGGGACGGAAGAACAGAGCGUGAGUGACAGGUUAUGCGAGAAAGCAAAGGCUAUUGUGAAGGAGGUAUGGACUGAUAUUCUAGACGUGGAGACUCACAAGGUUAGGGAAAACGAGUCAUUCUUUGAAAUUUGGGGCAAUCCAGUGUCUGCAGCGGCCCUUGCCCACGAUUACAGAAAGAAAGGCCUUGGUGUCUCAACCGAAGACGUUUUACGGAAUCAGACUGUGAAGGAACAGAUUGCAAUGAUCUCGUCGAUAAUUGGAGCAUAA